AAUGCCUUCUGUAAAUUAUAGUAAAAAUGAAUGUUUAUGCUCAGCAAAAAAUGGACACAUUCGAUUGUAAGCAAAUAUAUCUAAAAUGUGAACAAGCUAUGCUAAUUUUAUCCUUAUGUCCCUUUUCAUCUGUGAGAUGUGAGUGUGUGUGUACCUUUUGUAAAAAAAAAUGUCGCUAUGGUUACUUUCCCAUAUCUGUUGAAAAAAUACAAAAUGUAUUUCACAUUUAUAAGCACACAAAAACAUUACUUUUUUUAGUCCAACCUUUUCUUUGACCCCCAAGGGAGUUUUCACCCUGUAAAACAACACCUGUUGAUGCCUUCGAGUGAUUUCCAACGUCUUCACCACAGGGCGGAGCUACAACCGUGUUUUUACAACGCAAGCCUGACGUCUGCAGACACCAAGCGCCAUCUGUUUACCUUCUCGUCCUUGCCUUAAUCAAAACGUCGGACGACAAGUCAAUAUGGUGACCAAGCGAAUUAGGUCGGAAUACAUGAAGAAAUUUAAAGACCCGAAAUGGGAUACUUACGCAAAGUGUUAUGAGGAUUUGCUGAAGUACAGACUGUCAAGGCGGCUGCUGGAGCAGGCGCACAAGCCGUGGUUUUGGGGUGAAUGGGGGAGCGAGACUGCUUCAAGUGAACCAGCAGCUGAAGCAGAAACACAGGCCGCAGAAGUGCAGGACAGAGAGCAUGCAGACACCAAUUUAGUUCCCUGUGAUGCUGAGGUGGCUCAUCCAGAAGGAGAGGAAGUAAGAGGCAAAGAACGCUCUCCUGCUGUCAACCCAGACUCUGACACACAGAUCCAGAACAUGUCAAAGAGCAAACGCCGCUCUUCACACAAGUACACAAGAUCAAAGGUCAAACCUCAGGCCCCUAAAGACCCCGACAAAGAGAACCGUCACCCGUUUGCCCUGUAUGGAGCAGGAGAGAAGCAGACUGACAUGGCUUCAAAGAAAACACAUAAUGUGGGUCCUGCAGCUUCAACCGCAGAGAUCCAUGAGUCAGCGCUGCGAGCAAAAACCAGACGGGAGGUGGAAAAACAGAUAAAGAGAUUUGACAAGCAGAGAGCCAGAUCUGCUGACUUGGAAAAGAGCAGAAAUAAAAUCAUCCCCGAUUUCAAUCCCUGGAUGACAGAGUACAUGCGCUGCUUUUCUGCUCGCUCUCGGUAGUACCAAUUCAGAUAUCGAUUUUUUUCCAAACAUCCGAGACCAUCUAAACCUCUCAGGCUCCACAUGACGACUGGCACAUCGGUCCAGGUCACUCGCCGUCUUCCACGAUGGAACUCGCAAUGAUUUAAACUCAGAUUAUAAGUCAAGGUUUUCAGGCGUUUAUUUACAUCAAUGGAUAUGAUGCAUUUACUGGUACAUAUCAAACAUGAAAACACAGUCCAUUGAUGCUGCAGGACAAACAAUCACAUGCCCUGAUGCGUGAAAGUUGCGUAGAUUUACAGGCCACGAGGUUUACCAGUGUCUCUUUACACUCUGAGCCAAACAGCAAAUUAAAAAGUGUUCAAUAAUUGUCAGACGAUUAUCGAAACUCUAUGUUGGUGUAUUGUAAUGUUGUAUAUUAUUGAUACUUUGUGUUUAUAUCAAUUCGUAUUUAGGAUUAAUGUAAAGAAAUCUGUUUUGCACUUCACUGAAAUCAAUUGAGCCAACAUUUGUGUUGUUAAAUAAGCAACACUUUGCUUCAUCCAUUAUAUUAAUAUCUGCUUUUUUUGAUAUGAGCUUUUCCUUGUACAUUUACACCAAUGGUGCGUUCCACCUUGUAUUAUAUCAGAAUAUUAUGUAAUGUUCAGUAUCAUUAUGUAAUGUAAAAAGUCACCGGUAUCUGAAGCAUGAAACACGCAGCAAAAUGACAAAUCAUGUUUGAAUGAGAACAUACACUGGAAAAGCAAUUCCAGCUGUUUAUCAAGCAUAUUUGUUUCCAUUUAUUGAUGUUAUUUAGGUUUUUUAGUAGCACUCAGGUAUUUCUUGAUGUAUUUUGUGUAGUUUAAUAAUAGGAAUGAUGAGACUGGGAUAUUUGUACACUAUUUAUGUAGGGUUAUUGAACAAAUUUGGACUUAUUUCCACUCACAUGAUAUCUUUAAAGUCAGUUUUGGCUUGUGUUACGUACUACAGUGUUUCCCAACCACGUUUCCUGGAGGGCCGCCAACACUGCAUGUUUUGUAUGUCUCCUAUGUCCGUCACAAUACAGGUCUUUCAGUAUUUACUAAUGAGCUGAUGAUCUGAAUCAGGUGUGUUUGGUUUUAGGAGAAUUAGAAAAUGUGCUGAGGUGGUGGUCGAGGAAUGCGGUUGAGAAACACUGACAUAUAGUAUUGACUUUGGUGUACUAUUUAAGCCAUAAUGCUUCAUUAAGAGGAUGAACAUAUAUUCUGAUAUGUGAUUUGAAUUUGAGGGUAUUAAAGUUACUAAAACUGAUAUUUGUUUACAUGAGAUGGAAUAAGUUUUGAAGCGCUUAUAUUAUGAGGAUCAAGAUAAUGGUAGUAAAUGUGCCAUUAUGUUAAGUUUUAACACAAUGCUGUUCCGAAGAAGUUACUGAUAUGUUAAAAAAAAUGACAAAUGUGUUGGGUUAUAAUGCGUAUUAUUGAUGUAAAAGUAGUUUUCAUGUUCGUUUGUAGUUAAGGACAGCUUGUAUACAGACCACCCAUUUAAAAAAGACACUCUUUUCUGCCUAAUGCACUAAACGUCAGAUUUAUACAUCACAAAUUCAUUAUAACAUGCUGUUUUGGAUACUGCCUACCUGCCAAAAAUAAAAAACUGUUUAAAUGUA